AUGAAGACCAAGGGCGGCCGCCACGCGAUGAACCCCGCGGACGCGUUCCGCAAGCAGCAGCGCAAGAAGGAGAUCGCGCGCAACAAGGCGGAGCGCCAGUACAUCCGCGACGCCUAUGGCCGCAAGGACAAGCCCCAGGAGUUGAGGGAGGAGUUGAAGGAGCUUAUUGAUUUGGAGGCAAACGGCAAUCUGAGCAAGCUGCAGAAGAUUCGGAAGAAGGUGCUGCAGGAGGCAUAUGAUGCGGCGCUCAAGCGGCAGAAGGUGCGGAGGGCGCUUGCGCCUUACCCACGCUCAUAUCCCCUCCGCCUUUGA